GUUUCUCCUUAACAAUUUGAACUCGCCCCUUCCCGAUGUAUAUUGACUUUGAAUUCUAUUCAACCAGAUUGUUGAGUCUAUGCUGUCGAACACUGGGCAGUUAUACAGACUAUUCGAUUUGUAAGACAAUUAAUCUCAUUGGUUCAGAGUUGUUUGGACCCCAUUACCCAGUCAAAGGUUGGCUCCUGGUUGUAUUCAUCACCGAGCUGAAUGAGUCAGUUGGCAAAAGUAAAACAUGCACUCCUCUUUGGCGAAAUGGACCUCCAGAGAAACCAGUGCUCUGCAAUGCUUGUGGAUCUCGAUGGAGAACGAAGGGAACACUUGCAAAUUAUACCCCUCUUCAUGCCAGGGCUGAACCUGAUGAUUGUGAGGAUCACAGGUUUUCCAGGGUGAAGAGCAUAUCCAUAAAUAGGAAACAAGAAGUGAAAAUACUAAAAAGGAAACCAAAUCAAGAUUCUUUCGUUGUUGGAAGGCCUUCUGCUGAUCACAACCAGGGCUUUCGAAGGGUUGUAGAUGAAGAUGCAAGCAAUAGAUCGAGUUCUGGAUCAGCCAUAUCUAACUCUGAGAGCUGUGCACAGUUUUGUAGUGCAGAUGCUAGUGAUUUGACAGGUAAAAUACAUGCUGUGUACCCAAAAAUUGGCUUUUGGAUCUUUUAUAUUGCCAAGCUAUCUGAAAGCCUCAAAUGCAUGUUUAAUAGCCCUCAGUUCAAGGAGAAUUUGUCUUCCUUUCAGCAACUGCUUUCAGAAGGGGUUUUUGAUUCUGAAGAUUGCAAGCUUUUGAAAAAGCAUGUGUUGUUUAGUUAUACAAAAUCCCAUUGGGUGGAAAGCUAUAAUCAACUCAAGCUGCAGAAGUGUAGAAGUAGUACUGGAGAGUCUCUUGUUGCAAAAGGACCAAAUCCAAUUGUAUCAAAUACUCUGGUAAACGUCAGCAGAUUUUGGGAAGGCCAAAGUCAACAUUUUCCAGGAACGAAGACUACAAUGAAAAGUCCAAAAAGGGUGAAUAUGAAAGGUAGCUACGAAAACAAAGAGAUCAUAGACAAUGAUGUCUCUUGCUUCAGUCCGAGAAGCCUAUUUGCGUUGCCUCCUGAUGGUAGCUCCCUCAUGUUGGAUUCUCUUAAUUUUAUUGAUGAAAGCUCUGAUCAGGAUUUGCUGCUGGAUGUGCCAUCCAACAGCUCGUUUCCACAGGCUGAGCUUCUUCACCCAAAUUUAAGUUUUGGGUCACAGGCAAGCACUAGUAGUAGUUCUGCAUACCCACAACAUCUCCGCCCUUAACAGUGUCUUGCUAGGGCUAUGCGAGUUUGCCUUCAGCUAAAUCCCAUGAGUGGGGUCCUCAUAUUUUGCAUGCCAAGGACAACAUAGAAUGUGAAUGACCGCUCUUUCUUCCCUUGACCUCUAUGAACUUUGCAAUGCAAGAAAUAUUAUCUGGGUGGGUUUAUUUUUGUAUAGGUCAACAACAGGUUGUAAUAUAUAGCUGAAAAAUGCAGCAGAGGUGGUAAUUUUUAAGAGAUUGAUAUGAAUAUAUGGUUUUUUAUAGCUUUGCAAGUAAACUUUAUUAGGCCUUUAACUGGCUGGUUUUUAUUCCAGCGGAUUUUGCCUUGCAAAGGGAAAAAAAACUAGGAAAA